UCCGUUACCAUGGUAACGUACGACCUGAAAGGAAAACUCGGAAAACUACCCCUUCUUCAAUUUUGACACUUUUAACCACAAACAGUAACAAUACAAACAAUAAAAAUGACUUUAAAAUACUUGCAAUGGGUAAUUGCUGUUGUAAUAAAAACAAAAAUAAAAGGACAAUAGUACUCUUAUUAGUUGGUUUGGAUAAUGCUGGAAAGACUGCAGCUGCCAGAGGACUUGCUGGUGAAGCAUUGGAUUCUGUGAUGCCCACUGUGGGAUUUUCGGUGAUUAAUUUAAAAUAUCGCAACUAUACAGUGCAGAUAUUUGAUUUAGGUGGUGGAAACAAUAUAAGAGGAAUAUGGGAAAGAUAUUUUGCUUAUGCACAUGGGGUGAUAUUUGUGGUAGACUCUUCUGAUUACAUUCGUCUCCUUGAAGUGAGACAAGUUCUUUCUGACUUAUUAUUAAAUAAAAAGAUAUCUGGUAAGCCAGUUCUCUUCCUUGCCAAUAAACAAGACCAGAAAGAUGCGCUAGACGAAAUUGACUUAGUCGAGGCUGUAGAACUGGAAGAAUUAGUUAACAAAGCCCAGUGUCCGACCCUUGUAAAGACUUGUUGUGCUACUCAAACGUCUAAUAAGGCAAAAUUAGACCCUGGCAUUAUAAAUGGGUACCAUUGGCUACUAAAUUAUAUAAUCCGACGAUAUCCAAGUAUUCAUGCUCGUGUAGAGUGCGACGUGAAUAAUCAAGAACUUUUAGAGAAGGCGGAGCGAAAGCAGAAGUUGGAAAAACUUAAACAAGAAAUUGAGAAAAAAGUCGAAGAAAAUAUGUACGUCAUCGAACCGUACACCGAAGAAGUAAAAGAAGCAAACGGCUUCAAAAACGGCAACGAUAAGGUUCCUGUAUUAACAAACUCCAACGAGAUCACAGUGAUAAAACAAAGCACUGAAUUUGAUAACAGUAGCAGUGAUUCUAGUGGUUCGGUUAACUUUUAUCACGGGACUGUAUUUGACGCGUUAACUCGGCCCAAAUCUGCCAGAGAAAUGGUCAAAGAACAACUACAAUUGGAGACAAAUGAACGAAGACCAUCCCUGAAGCGUCUAUUUCGUCCUAAAACUGCCCCUGUUCAAAUAUACGGAGAACAUCCGCGAACUGCGUCCAAAAUGCGGAAAGAAAACUUAAACGAAAGGACUUUAAGAUCUGCUGGUGACUCUAUAUUUGUUAUUAGUAAAUCUUCUUAUACGGUCAGUAACAGUAACUACAAUAACGAAGACUGUCUAGACUUGAAUGAUUUAGCGUGUGAACAAUCCAGGUGUAUAGUAAAACCACGUCCCACUUUAAUUCAUGUUAAUGGAACGACAAAUGCUGAAACUUGCUUCACAAAUGAUAACACUACUAGGUAAUAGUACAGUGGAAAAUAGAAACAAAAAGAAGGAACAUUUUUGUUCAACAAUUGUUACAAAACAAGCAAUUACUGGUCGUAUGCAGAGCUGUUGAACAAAUCAAAGAGCAGUAUGAAGCUCGUAAAUGUAUAAAUAACAAAGCUCUUGAAUCAAGCAGAACUAAUCGUACUUUUGUUCAAAAGUUAUCACUACAAAUAAAUUUAACAUCCAAAAAAAAACUAAGAAUAACUUUUUAUAUG